AUGGACUAUGGCUGGUGUGGGCUGGCUGGGUUUUUUGCAGUGCUCCUUGUGAUACUUGCCACCUUGGGCUUCAUGCAGAUUUUUGGACUGUGGACGUGGCAGGCCUGGAGGCAACUCUACGCCUCGGAAGUACUCCUUUGGAUGGUCUUACUGGUGCUAGCCCUUUUCAUGGCCAAAGUCUUUGCAACGGUAGUCCAUGUGACGACCACCUUCUGCAAAAUUCGACAAUACCGAGCUCUGAUCCACACUGCGGUACACAACCAGGACUCGAGACGAAGUGGCAAGGUCCGGAAGGUUCUCAUCUGCCAUGCAUCAGUCGGGUCUGGCCACUCCCGGGCUGCACAGGCCCUCGCUUCCGCCUUGAAUCGAAUGGAUGAGUCUGUUGAAGUGCGUGUGGUGGAUCUUAUGGAGCCACCAUAUGCUGAUCGCACCUUGAUUUAUUUCUACAAAGACUGGUACUUGCGACUCGUUGGAGGCGAGACUGUGUGUGGAAACUUGGGUGGGCUGUUUGUCGGCUUCCUCUUCGACCGUGCCAACAAUGUCCAUGACUCCUUCACGGGUGGCAAUGCUCUGCAACGGCGUAUUACACAGAGCUUUCUGCUCAAUUUCAUGCAGCUGGUGUGCGAAGCAAAGCCCGAUGUGAUGGUGCAUACGCAUUUUUUGGCCCCAGAACUUGUGGCAUCACUUCGCCGCAGGCACGGGCUGAAAGUUCCACAGGUAACUGUUGUUACCGACAUGGAUGUGCAUGCUUGGUGGUAUCAGCAGCCGACCGACCAUUAUUUCGUGCCCAGAGAAAUUGCCAAGUAUCAGCUCGCGGCUGAUGGAGUUCCGGAAGAAGAUAUAACUGUGAGCGGCAUACCGAUCAUGCCGCAGUUUUAUGAUACGCUGAACUCCAUCCGCCACCUGCCUAGAGAUGGACGCAGACAACGGUUCCUCAACCAAAUGGAUGCUCCUCUUCACGAGGCUUUCUUACCCAUCUCCGACAUGCCUGUGAUUGUUCAAAUGUCAACUGGCAGGAGCGUUCUUCACAUUUUCAAGAACUUGAUCCAGCUGGAGACGCCUUGUAUUCUGGUGGUUGUUUGCGGUCGCCAAGCUGAUUCCAGGGCAGAGCUGGAGAAAGUGCCAGUGCCCGAUCGGCAUCGAGUAGCUCUUCUCGGCUUCACUGCUUGCAUCCACGAGCUCCUGGCCGUUGCUGAUGUGGUCAUCUCGAAGCCUGGCGGGCUCAUUACCUCCGAGGCCCUGUCCUGUGGCUUGAUGAUGGUAGUUGUUGAUCCGUACCCCGGGCAAGAAGAGCGAAAUGCAUCGAUGCUGCUGGAAGAAGGAGCAGGCAUAUGGAUGUGGGACUACCGCGACCUGUCCUUCAGGUUGGAUCGCGUCCUUUCUGCACCGGCAGAGAGCACGUUCUCACUGAGCUGGUAUCAGCAGAAUGCCCGGCGGAUUGCCAAGCCUGGAGCUGCUUUCCAGAUUGCGCGGUAUGUGCUGAGCGACGCGCCAAGACAGCGCAUGAUGCGCGAGGAGUUCGACUUGGAAGUCAGCUCUGACAAUUCGCCUCCCACCGUCAGUCAGGGCAGCUGGUCUGUGUUUGAUUAUUCUGACGAGCGUAUCGAGCGAUGGGGCCGCAGUUCGACUCACCCGAGAAAGCUGCGUUUGAGCGAUUUCAGCGACAUGAAGGCGUUGGAUUCAAACGCCGUGCCGCACGAAGACAGUGAUGGCAGCGACGAAGCGAGCGAUGGCAUGCUCCCCGUGCAGGCGCACAACGAAUAG